AUGGCAAAUCUGAUUAAUUGUACUAAUGGAUAUGUCUGUUUUGAAGGAUUAGUAGAAUUCUUAUUGAGUUUAUUCUAUUUAUUCUAUUUAAUAAUUAGCUACAGAAUACUUAAUAGAGAUAAAAGUGGAGUUCUGGUUUAAAUAGAUAAGUACUUAUGUUUAGCUGCUUUGGUUCAAACAUUUUUAUAAACCAUUUAUUUUUUAUAUUUCGGUAAUAUGGUAUAAUCUAUUAGUUGUAAAGAUAAUGAUUUUUUAUUAUCAACAAUCAGAUGUAUGGGAAUAGCCAUGUAAAUUAUGAUUUGCAGUAUUUUGGGUGCAAUUAUAGCUGAUGAAGAUUAAACACCUAAAGUUUGGUAUUUAGCUAGAGCCUUGUUAGUAGGCACUUUAUUUUUAUGGAUUUGGUUUGGUAUUUUUCAUAGAAGUGCAAUAGAGUAAUUAAUUAUAUUAUUUUGCUAGUUAUAAUUGUGUUUAAGUUGAUUAUUUAAUACUUUCAAGUUUUGGAUUGUUUUUAGCUUGUGGAUCAUUUUAUAUGGGUAAUUUUGCAUUGGAAGGCAUGAUAGAAUAUUAGAAUACAUUGGUUAACUAAUUAUUGUUAUUUUAUAGGAUGUAGCAAGAUCAGGUGCUAUUUAAGUUUAAUAAAAUUCUUUAAAAUAUGAUUAAGUUGUAAUGAGAAUAACAUAAAUUCGAUUAAUGCAUUGUAUAUUUAAUUAUAAUUAGAUUGUGGAUUAUUAUAAUUUGGAAUACAAUUUGCAUUUGAUUUAUUUACUUAUCUAAAAUGUAAUAAUUCAAGUGAAUGCACUGACUAUUACAAUGCUACAUCAUUUCUUAUGGUUUUAUUUAUUUCUUAAAUUCUAAGGUUCUACUCUUAACUAUUUUCAAAUUGAUUUCAUUCACUAUAAUUCCUGCUACUAUAUUUUGGAUAUUUUAUGAAAUGAACAAAAAUAAAUUUUAAGAAGAUGAUUACAAUUCAAUUGAAAUGAAGAUGACUUAAUGA